AUGUAAUAAUUUCACUCUCUCUGUCCAUUAUGCAACUAAUAAGACUAUUAUCAGACUAUAAAUUCGAUUGAAUUUUCAGAUAUCAAUCUACCUAUAACAUUUCUAAAAUAUGUACUCAACCCUAUCAUAUAUGUUUACAAAUUCACUAUUGAUGAUCCUAAUUUCAUGAUGAAACACUAAAAUAUUUCUAAUAUUUAGUUUCAUCACUACGAUCAUUACAAUUAAGCAUUCCCAAUCGAUAUGGAUAUUCUUUAUGGAUUUGAUUUUUUUAUUUAAGGCUGCUAAUAUGUCCUCUAAAAUUAAAUCUCCGACGCCAUCAUUCAUUUUGAGAUCUUCGAUAAAAUAAAUGACUUUACUUAUCCUAUUUUUAAAAGGUCAAUACCUAAAUAUUAGAUAUUUUGUAAUAACUAUUUUAAUGAUGUUUGUGAAGAACUUCUUUAAAUACUUAUUUAAUGUUUCGUCAAACUUGAAACUCUUGAAAACUAAGAAAUAAAAUAAUUCAUGCUUGAAAGAUGUUCAUUAAUGCUUCAAAACAUUGAAAACAUUUAAUUUCCUCAAUAAACAUUGAAUUAAAAUUCUCUCUAAUUAAAAAUUGAAACAAAAAAGAAAUUACAUAAAUCUUAAGUAAAAUUAGCAUGUUUAAGUUUUAAUUUCAGUGAAGAAAACUUGUUUACUAAAACAUUUUCUUCAUUGUUGUCUGAUACAUCUCACAUAAAUCAAAUAGGAGCUAUAUUAUUUACUAAAUUAAGUCACUCUGAAAAACCAUGGGAAAUAUUCUUUAAAAAAUUAAAUGUAAAAUAACGACUUCCUCAUAUUACUAGUCUUGUCUUUUAUCUCAAUAAAACAUAUGAUGAAUCAUAUCUUUAUUGUGUUCUUAGAUUAGGCAAGUUAUUAAAAAGAUUUAAAGAAUAUUGGUUGUCUUUAGUAAUUUUUAGUUUUUUAAGAAAAGUUUCUAUGGUUUUUCAGAAGUAAUUUGACUUCAUUCCCUAUCUUCCUUUUUUAUAUUCUCAAAUUGCUAAGAUUUGUAUCUAUUUAGGAUAAUUCAAUGAAGCCUAUUAGUUUUAUAUAAAGGCUUAUGAAAAGACAAAGUAAUUAGAUAGUAAUAAAAUAUAUGAUGAUAGUAAAAAUAAAAAUAAGUUCAGUUUUAAAUUAAAAUAUAAAUUAAUGAUUUUAUCACUAUACUUAUAAAAAUCAAGUGAAGCUAUAGAAAUGCUUAAGGAACUGUUAUAAGAUGAUAGAAGUAUGCCUUAUCAUAUUAGUAUUUUUACCGAUUUUUGUAACUAAUAUUUGUAAGACAUAUUACAAUUCAAUAAAACAUAAAAGUAUAGAAAAUGCGAUUAGUUUUUAACAUAUCUAUCAAAUGUAGUGAGAAGUAAUUUGAUAGGUAUUUAAAUUCCAAAUGAAGAUAUAAAAUAAUAAGCUAAUGUGAUUGAGUUGAAGGAUAAAGACAUUCCUAAAGUAACACUAAAAUAGAAAAUAGAAUAUGAAUUUAAAUUAAAUUCUUAUUUCUAGAUACUAUAAUUUUAUUUAAUUCUUGUAUGUCAUAUGAGAAACGAUUAAAUGAUGUCAAAACACUAUUAUUAGAAAUAAGAAAUUAUGGAGUAAUUUUUAUAAUAUAUUGAUUGCAAAUUAUAUACAACUUUGUCUGAUGUGAUAUUAAAUUUCUCAUUUCCAUAAGAUUGCUAUGAAAAUUUAUUAUUAAGUCAUUUUUACUAAUAUAUUACAAUGUUUAAUCACUGUAAAAAUCGAUUAACUCAAUUUGAGAAGUCAAAGUAGGAAAAUAAAAAAAAAUAUAAUGAUUAAGAAUCUAUAGUUUUUAAAAAAAUAGUAGAAAAUUAUAGAUGUUCUAUUCAAUACAAUCAAGAAGAAACACUUGUAGAUAAUUGUGUUCCCAUAUCAGAUCUUACAGAAAUUUAAUAUACAAUUGGUAUUCGAUAUUUAAAAGAAGGAAGAUAUAGAGAGGGAGUAGAAUAUUUAAAAAAGAUUGCUUCAAAUACAAUUUAUAAAGAUUUAUGCAUGGCUCAUUUAUUAAAAGUACUUUAAUAAUCAAGGGAGGAAUUAGAGAUUGUAAAUUCAGCUCAGUUUAAGAAUGAUACAGAAGAAAUUAUUAAAUAAAUUGAUUUUGAUAGACUUUAAUAAAGUUAAAGUAGAAAAAGUUAUAUUUAUUAAGAGUUCCAUAGAAAUUCUUAUUCAUAACAAUUAAUGAAUCAAAAUUGUUUAGUGAAUUCUGUGUCUUUAUCUCAGAUUUCAAGAAGUAAUUCAGUACUUUUAGAUUAAUCUUAUACAUUAUAAUAAUUGAAAAUUUAUUUAGAUGAUAAUGAAAUAACUGAUUUAAUUGAUAGGAUUGAAUAAGAAUUUCCAAAUGUAGAACAAUUAGAUUAAAUCAAAUUAUAAAACUAAUUUUCUACAAGUAGAAUGUUAACAUAAGAAGUGGUAUUAUUGAUAAAUGAUCAUGAAAAAAUUGUUAUGAAAACAAAAGAGAUUGCUGAAAUACAUUUAUAUAAAUUAAAAAAUAAAUUAAAGAAUAAUUUGAUUGAAAUUUUAGCAUAAGUAAUUGUAAAUAAAUUAAAUUAUCGUGGUUUUGUUCAAUUAAUUUCAUUAAAAUAUUAAUUCAAUAUUAGUUAAACAUAUGCAAGUAAAUUAACAUUUUAUAUGAUCUUUCCUUAUUAUGAAGAAUUACCAAGAAUGAAUAUUAGAUAAUUAUAAGAUUUAACAUUGUCAAUAUAGAUUUUAAAUCACAAUAAGAUUUAUCAUAGAGAUUUAAAACCAAAUAAUAUAUUGAUGAAAGAUGGUAAUCCUGUAAUAAUUGAUUUUGAUUGUUCUUAUUUUUGGGAUGAAGGAUUACAAAAAUGGUAUAGAGGAUAAGGACUUACAUCAUAAUAUUAUCCAGAAAAUGAAGUAUAAGAAGAUAAAAUAGAUAUUUAUUAAUUAGGUAAGAUAGCAAAAGAAAUAGUAGAGAAUUGUCCAGAAGAAUUCUUUAUAGGAGCUACAAGUCAAUAUGAAAAUAGAUCCUCAUUACAGUAAUUAUUACAAAUAUUAAAUUGA